AUGUCGAGGGCACCAGAUGCAGAUCGCAAUCAAGAAGCGACAUGUUAUAUAGGUAACUUGGACGAAAGGGCAACGGAUGCGCUUGUAUGGGAAUUAAUGAUUCAAGCUGGACCGGUUGUGAACGUUCAUUUACCCAAAGAUCGAAUUACAUCAAAUCAUCAAGGAUACGGCUUUACUGAAUUUCAAACUGAACAAGAUGCAGAAUAUGCAUGUAAGAUCAUGAACGGUAUUAAACUAUUUGGAAAACCGUUAAGGGUGAACAAAGCAAGCUCAGAUCGUAAACAGAUCGAUAUCGGUGCAAACCUGUUCAUCGGGAAUUUGGAUAGUGGUGUUGAUGAGAGGAUUUUAUACGAAACCUUUUCUGCUUUUGGAAAUGUGGUAGGGAUACCAAAGGUUGCCAGAGAUGAAAGUAGUGGUGUAUCGAGAGGCUUUGGAUUCGUUUCUUUUGAUGCUUUCGAAUCUUCAGAUGCUGCAAUUGAAGCAUUGAAUAACCAAUUCUUGCUCAAUAAGCCGAUCAACGUUUCGUAUGCAGUCAAGAAGGACGGCAAAAAUGGGGAAAGACAUGGAACACCAGCAGAAAGAUUGCUUGCUGCUCAGGCCCGAAAGAACAAUGCAUUGCCU